AGUGUUCAUUGUCAAACGUGAAAUAUAAAUGUGUACAAUUUCAUACCUCAUCUGCAACAUUAUCUGAAGAGGAAAGUUUAAUUUAUUUUUCUACUAUUUUCGGUAAUAUAUGCAUUAUUUUUCAUGCGUGAAACAUCAUAUUGAGUAAAUCAAUAUGGCAUCUAGUGAAAAUAAUAGUGAUGAAGGAGGAACUGCAGCUGAUUAUGAACACAUGAUUCAAAUCGAGUAUUUGAAGGAAAAGUAUCGAGAAGUGGUAUCAAAACUGAAAAGUGUCUCCAAUGAUAAAGAAAGAUUGGAAAAAGACUAUCAACUCACUAAAAAAGAAUUGGAAACCAACAAAGGAGACUUUUUCAACACUUGUCAUGAUUAUAACAUGCUAAAACAAAAGUAUGAUAACCUACGAUUGCGCUUUGAUGAGUAUUCUAAUGACCCCCCUGAUUGUACACAUUGCGAGGAGUUGAAGAAAGAAAUACAAACCGUUUAUUCUGAAAGAGAAUCAGUUUUCAAAGAUAUUCAAUGCCUUGAGCGUAAACUGCAAGCAGCAGUGCGUUGUCGUGACGAUUCAUUAAAGAACUGCGCUGCCCUUCAAGAAAAAAUAGAACUGCUGAAAAAAGGAAAUUUUCACACAAACGAUGGUGGUUGGAAUAGAGAUCGCGCUGAAAGCAAAGAUAAGUUUGAAAUUGUAUCUGAAAACUUGGAAUCCGCAAGCAGAGAAAUUGAAAGGUUAAAAAAAGCGUUGGAUAAAGCAAAAGCUGAAAUAGCUAGAUCAGUGCAGGAAACUGAAAUUGCUAAAGGGCGUAGAGAUUGGGCGAUAUCAGAAAGAGAAAAAAUUGUUCAAGAAAGAGAUAGUGUUCGAAACUUAUGUGAUGAAAUUCGCAAAGAACGUGACACCGCAACCUCAAAGUUGUUGGCUGCUAUAAGAGAUAAGGAUGAGGCUUGUAAAGAAAUAGAACAACUUACCGAGCGACUAGAUUCACACAACUUGAUGAAAGAUAAUUUGGCCAACAAUAACACAAAUCCUGGAAAGUUAUUCAAUUCAAUGGAUGAUUCAGGAAGCAACUCACUAUAUAACACAUCCAGUUUAGACUCAGUGUAUGACUUAGAUACACUGCUGCAAUAUGAUACGAAAGUUAUUGAAAUUGAUUCAUCGUUACUGGAGAACAAUUCUUCCAACUGGGGUCUAAUUCUUAGAGAGAAUAUCGACGAAUAUAAUGACAAUAAUGUGAAGGGUCGUGUAGUGGGUCCAUCGGUUCUAUCUGUUGAGCAUAACUCUGUCUUUUUCGGAAGAUUGUUACCAAACGACAUUAUAUAUCAAAUUGAUGGUCUAGACUGCACUAAGUUCCCAAAACGAAAAAUAUUUAAAGCAAUCAGAUGUAGUCUUCCAUCAUGCAUCAUCAUGAUUAAACGACCAAUCAAGCGACUUCUUCCCGUACAGGUCAAUUAUUUAAAUGGAAAUAAAAAUCAUGGACUUCACUUGGAAACCGGAAUAUUCGUAUCUAAAAUCGAACCAAAUUCACUUGUAGAUUGUGAUGGCCGACUGAGUACAGGAGAUCGCAUAAUAUCAAUAAACGGAAAACCCACUAGUGGAAUUAAGACUGUUAAUGAAAUCAACGCAAUCAUCAAUGAUAUGACACACAACUGCUUGAGUUUGAUUGUUGUUAAAGAUCUGGUAGGGUGUCCUAGUGAUAUAAGAUAUUUUGAAGCGAGAAACAAACUUUUACAUUGUUCCACCAGUUCCACUCAAACAGAAAACAUAAUGGACAAUAUUGGAAGCGCGCAUAGGGAAGCUUUUAACCAAGUAAGCUUGGAUUUGGAAAAUAACCAUUUUCUACCAUCAGCAAUGCCGUUCAGUAUUCUAACUACAGCCAGUACUCCAAGUUCUAUUAUAGCCAGUACACCUACGUCUUCCAAAUCAGCGUCUAAGUUAACAGGAAUGCUUCAAAAAUUGAAAGAUAAAAUGAACAUAAGUACUCAUAAAGACUGUCAAGAAAAUGAUGCAAUUGCCGCUCUAGAUUCUGUUUUAGACAGUGAUGACCAAGAGUCCAACCUUCCGAUGUAUUCAAAAAAUCGUGACAAGAAAACAAAGAAAAAAUCUAAGGAUUCUCAAGACGUACCUCGCGGAACUUGGCCACGAGUAACAAUGACAGUUCAUUCAAACGAUAACCACGUAGGAACGGUUUUACAUCGACCGAAAAGAGAGCGUCCUAAGUUAAGUAUCCCGGUGGAUAAAUUAGAUAGUUCUAAUUAUUACAAUGUUAGCUUACCUACUGAUGAAUGUGGACUUAUAACACCACAAUCUGCAUCAAAUAAUCCAACAAGUGGCGUUAAAAAACGGAAUUCAAACCCAAGUAGCAAUUUCGAUACUAGUAGAAUAGUACAAACAUCGAAAUAUGGAUAUGACUUCAACGCAUCAAAAUCUGGCAAAUUUCCACAUUCAAGAACAUUCACAUAUGACUUACACAAUAAUGCCCAUAUUUCAAAUAUCAAUAGACACAGUCUGAAUCUAUCAUCAUUAAAUAAACAGCAAUUACAACACCAACAUACACAACAUUUGAAUACCACAGAUUAUAUGCCAAGAAAAAGUAACAAUUCUAUUGACUCAACAACACUGCCCUCAAAAAACCCAACGAGCUACACAUUCAGUAAUAACAUCUCUCAGAAGGACCCUCUAGACUGCUAUCUGUCUACUAAGAUUUCAAAGCAUUCAUCCAAGUAUUCUAGUGAUACCGACAGCAUUGAUAUAGAAAAUGUUUCUCUCACAAUGGCACUACAUACCCAUACGAUGCCUCAUUCCCACUCUAGAAGACAAUCUAUCAGUAAUACGAGCAAUGCGUCUUCAACGAAUAAGGCUAAUUCAGCAAUAGGGGUUAGUGGGAUGAGCUUUCCAAAUGCUUUCAAUUCAUCGGUAUAUUCUACAAUAACUCCGUAUCAUCAGAGUGCAUGUUCUCCUCAAGGGGGAAGUACAAUGCGCCCAGCAAGUAAUGUUAUACCAUCUACAGAGUAUACAAUUUUACCACAAACAUCUCAUCAUUCUCAAGGGUCGUCUAUUGAUUACCCAUUCAAUCGAUAUAGUCAAAUCCAAUCUUCGAAGGAAGAGGUUCCUUCUGGUUUGCUGGGCCAUAGUUAUGAAGGGGGAACCUUCCCGCGGAAUAAAGUGCAUCAGGGAUACCGAAUCCCUUCAAAUCAAAGCGUCACCAGCAGAGGAAGUGGAAUUAAAAUUAGUAAUGGAUCAAUUGAUUACUGUAGCUCAGGACGUGCAUCACCCAUCCCAACAUUUCAUGUACAAGUAAUUGAGCCUGGUCGUAUAUCAACUUCAAGUAAACGUACUUCAUUACAAGACUACAAUGCCCGAGGCAAACCAAACAUUGGAGAAGUCCGACGUGUACACAUUGAUAAAAGUGAAAUGUCUCUCGGUAUCAAAAUUUGUAGCCGUGGUAACGGAGGAGGAGUAUUUGUCUCAAAUGUUGGAGAAAACAGCCUUGCUAGUAAAGUGGGACUUCAAAUUGGCGAUCGUUUAUUGGAAGUAUGUGGAAUCAAUUUAAGAAAAGCUACAUAUGAUUUAGCUGCUAAUGUACUGAGGCAAUGUGGAAACUCGAUAACAAUGUUAGUACAGUACAAUCCAGAAAUCUAUAGUAAUCUUACCACCAGUGAAGACAACAUUGUUCAUUCAAGUUCACCAACACCACAAAAUUCGCCACGUACAAUAGGAAGAGCUAUGAUGUCUUCAGUCAAUACAACAACGGUUAAUCCUGUAUCAACAAUUGCCCCAAAAACAUUAUCUUCUAAUGAAGAUCAUCCAUCUCAAAUGUCCAGUUCAUCUCAAAGUAGUCAUUAUAAAGAACAACCACGAUUGAUAUUUAUUGAAACUAGAAAAAGCUCAAAUCUUGGCAUAAGCCUAGUUGGAGGAAACGCAAAUGGUAUUUUUGUGCACGGAGUACAAAAAGAUUCGAUAGCUGAUAAUGCUGGACUACGAGUAGGGGAUCAGAUUUUGGAGUUUAAUGGAACUGAUUUACGAAGAUCUACAGCAGAACACGCUGCAUUAGAAAUAGCCAAACCGGCAGAAAAUGUAGCAGUUCUUGUGUUCUACAACAUACAAAAAUUCAAUCAAAUUAAAGAUAAACCUGGCGAUGCACUAUACAUUCGUGUUGGGUUUGAUCGAAAUUGUGAUCUUGGAGAAUCGGAAUUGCCAUUCAAUAAAGACGAAGUUUUGUAUGUUGAUAACACAAUGUUUGGUGGUGUUCCUGGGCGAUGGCGUGCUUGGAAAUUGGAUGAAUAUGGACAUAAACUUCAAUGUGGAAUUAUUCCGAAUAAGCUAAAAGUUGAGGAAGAAUUACGAUUGUUUGGUGAUAUUCAAGAUGUGGAAACAACAAGACGAGGCUCCACUUCGGCAAGACGUUCUUUCUUCAAACGAAUAAAACCGCAAAGAAGCUCAUCAAGAGAUUCAAAAGAAUUAGCUAGUUUUAGUAACACUCAUCUAAGCCUAUAUUUAGAAACAGGAAAUGUCGGUGAAGAUGGAUUUACAAGCUAUCAGCGAGUUGAACGUCUUGAAUAUAAAUAUCGCCCAAUAUUGAUUGUCGGGCCGCUAUCCGAAUGUGUGAUUGAAAAAUUAUGUAUAGAUUUUCCUGAACAUUUCCAUCGUUCUCAACAACGUCAAAUGCGGUGUACAAAGGAGGAUAUGGAAAGCGGAGUACAGAAUAAUGCAAUUGCCGACUAUCGUAGAAGAGGAAGUAUAUUUGAAUACACUACAAUUCAGUCAAUUCUUGAGAACAAGCAACACCAUUAUAUCCUGGAUGUUUGUAUCUCGGCGGUUGAGCGUCUACAGCGAAAUCAGAUAUAUCCAAUAGUUUUAUUGUUACGCUUCAAAUCAUCGAAACAGAUCAAAGAAAUAAAGGAUUCACGUCAUUCUACCGAUAAAAUUUCUGCGAAAGCUGCAAAGGAAAUGUAUGAACAUGCGCUAAAACUAGAAUCAGAUUAUCGACAGUAUAUCUCAGUUGUAAUAUCGGGAGUUAACAUAGCACAUAUGUGUACACAAAUAAAAUCAGCUGUUGACAGCGAACAGAAAAAACUACUAUGGGUACCAGUUACAACAAUGGCGUAGAGUAAAAAGCGUGUUGACAAAAUCUACUAUGUCUAAGAUCUACAUGAGUUGAGGAAGUGUAAUGAUUUAGAAAAUUUCGUU